AUGACAAGUGCUUCAAACUCUCCAGGAUCUUACUUAUCUUCCAAAACAAGAAGUUCAAAAAUAGAUGACAACUACUUGAAGGAGUUGAGUGAGGAUUUAAAAAUAAGGAAGCAGGAACUGCUAGAGAUGCUAAAACCUCUAGAAGAUAAGAACAAGCUGUUAUUCCAGAAGUUGACAUCUAACUUGGAGGAAAGACAAAGAAGUCUACAGAUCAUGAGGCAGAUUAUGGCAGGGAAGGGGAAUGGUGAAUCUUCAGUCAUUGAGCUCAUUAAGGAAGCAGAAGAGAUGAAGCAGAAUCUGGAAAGGAAAAACAAGAUGCUCUGGAAAGAAAUGGAGAUGCUAUGGAACAAGACAUUCAGCACAGAAGAACUCAGUGAUCAACAAAAAGCACUGCAGAUAAAGAACAAAGCAGACUUACAGGACAGAAAGUCUCCCAAAACCCCCUCAUCAUCUAGGAAGACCAAGAAUGAACUGGAGACAUCGUGUGCAGAGAAAGUGAAGGAAAUAAGGAAGGAAAAGCAACAGAGGAAAAUGGAAUGGGUCAGGUAUCAGGAACAAGCUAACUUCAUUCAGAAUAACUUUAAUGGCGAAGUGAUUGAGCUGAGAAUUGAAGCCUUGAAGAACUACCAGAAGCCCAAUGAUCUGAAGUUAUCACUGUACGUACGGCAGAAUUUUGAGCCAAAGCAAGCAUUUUUGAAUCUUCCUGGGUUCUGAGGUACCAUGGACACUGCAACUAUGAGCAGAGCAACUACUGGCAAAAGAAUUCUGGGCGCAAAGACCUACACGGAACAACAAGGAGCUAAAGGAAGUCAGUUUGAUGAAGAAAGAGGGAAGCUCUUUUUUCUGAGGUCAAGGCCAGAUGAAGCUCUGAAGGAUUAG